CACUCAGGGUGUGGCACUUGUCCAUUCCAUCCCACACGCCUGCGGAGGCCCCUGGGUGAGGGACACGGCGCUGGGCUGGGCACCAGCCAGGAGGCCGCGUGCUCAGGCCCUCCCCUAGCUUGGAGCAUCAGGGAGGGAGGCUGCCCCGGCCCAGGAGGACAUCCAGGAAGAAGUGGCCUUCAGGGCUCUAGGCCUAACCGACACUGACAGGAAUCAGGGGACAGACAGCACCUCAAUGGCAAGAUUCCCUCCUGAGACCAACGGGGCCAGUAACGCGUGUUCUCAAGAACUGUGACGCGUAGGAGGUGGACCGGACGGACCUGUGGACACCAAUUUCAGGGCGGAAGCUGCCCUCCCUGGGGGCCACAAGGGGAAGACAGUGACGGCUGAUCUGUGAGCACCCAGUAAGGAGGUGGACGGCCACGAGCUCCUCCGGGCAGCCCUGGGCAGCCAGAAGCUGGCCUGCUGAGCCCGUGGGAAGAUGGGAGCCCACUCCAGGAUGUCCUAGUCCAUCGCGUCCCCAAGCCAGGGUGGCUGAGUCUGCUGCUAGAAGUCCCUGUCCCUACUUCAGGACCACCCUGCAGGCCGGCGGGAUGGAGCCGGCAAAUGAGGAGAAGCUGGCCUCUGUGUCCAACCUGGUGACUGUGUUUGAGAACAGCAGGACCCUGGGAACAGCGCCCAGAGACCAGGCCCAGCCACCAGCCCCAGAGCCAUGGGAGAAGCCGCAUGUCGGGGAGACCCCCGAGUCUGGGCCCAGGACCGUGAGCAGGAGGUGUCUGAGCUCCCUGAAGAACAAGCUGUCCAGCGGGGCCUGGCGGAGACCUUGCCAGCCUGGGGCCUCUGCAGGGGCAGUGCCACAGGAGCCCGAGGAGAAGAAGGUGGUCCGGGAGCUGCUGGAGACGGAGCAGGCCUACGUGGCUCGCCUGCACCUUCUGGACCAGGUGUUCUUCCAGGAGCUGCUGCAGGAGGCGCAGGGCAGCAAGGCCUUCCCCGAGGACGUGGUCCGGCUCAUCUUCUCCAACAUCUCCUCCAUCCACCAGUUCCACGCCCGCUUCUUCCUCCCUGAACUGCAGCGGCGCCUGGAGGACUGGACGGCCACGCCCCGCAUCGGGGACGUGAUCCAGAAACUGGCCCCGUUCCUGAAGAUGUACAGCGAGUACGUCAAGAACUUUGGGCGAGCGGCAGAGCUGCUGGCCACCUGGACCGACAAGUCCCCACCCUUCCAGGAGGUCAUCGCCCGCAUCCAGAGCAGCGAGGCCUCUGGGAGCCUGACCCUGCAGCACCACAUGCUGGAACCGGUGCAGAGGGUUCCCCGCUACGAGCUGCUGCUCAGGGAGUACGUCCAGAAGCUGCCGGCGCAGGCCCCCGACCGCGCGGACGCCCAGAAAGCCCUGGACAUGAUCUUCUCUGCGGCUCAGCACUCCAAUGCGGCCAUCGCCGAGAUGGAGCGGCUGCAGGACCUGUGGGAGGUGUACCAGCGCCUGGGCCUCGACGACGACAUCGUGGACCCCUCCAACCACCUGCUCCGCGAGGGCCCGGUCCUCAAGAUCUCCUUCCGCCGCAGCGACCCCAUGGAGCGCUACCUUUUCUUGUUCAACAACAUGCUGCUCUACUGCGUGCCCAGGGUUAUCCAGGUGGGCGCCCAGUUCCAGGUUAGGACCCGCAUCGACGUGGCCGGGAUGAAGGUGCGGGAGCUGCCCGACGCCGAGUUCCCCCACUGCUUCCUGGUGUCGGGGAAGCAGCGCACCCUGGAGCUGCAGGCGCGGUCCCAGGAGGAAAUGGCUUCCUGGAUACAGGCCUGCCAAGCAGCCAUCGACCAAAUUGAGAAGAGGAAUGAAACCUUCAAGGCUGCAGUGCAGGGCCCCGAGGGCGACGCCCAGGAGCAGCUGCAGUCUGAGGAGCUGGGCCUCCGAGCCCCGCAGUGGGUGCGGGACAAGAUGGUGACCAUGUGCAUGCGCUGCCAGGAGCCCUUCAACGCCCUGACCCGCCGGCGCCACCACUGCAGGGCCUGUGGCUACGUGGUGUGCGCCCGGUGCUCCGACUACAAGGCCGAGCUCAAGUACGACGGCAACCGGCCCAGCAGGGUCUGCCUGGACUGCUUCACCUUCCUCACGGGAAGCGUGCUGCCCGAGGACAGGGACAGGAGGCGGGGCAUCCUGGAGAAAGGCGCCCCGCCUGGGCCCGGCCAGAGUCUGAUGUGCAGCUUCCUGCAGCUCCUCGGGGACAAGUGGGGCAAGAGCGGCCCCCGGGGCUGGUGUGUCAUCCCCCGCGAUGACCCCCUGGUGCUCUACGUCUAUGGGGCUCCUCAGGACAUGCGAGCCCACACCUCCAUCCCCCUGCUGGGCUACCAGGUGACCCCUGGGCCCCAGGGGGACCCCAGGGCCUUCCAGCUGCAACAGUCGGGCCAGCUGUACACCUUCAAGGCCGAGACAGAGGAGCUAAAGGGCCGCUGGGUGAGGGCCAUGGAACAGGCAGCCGGGGGCUGCAGCCCCGGAGUGACUGAUGACGGGGACCUGUCUGACUGAGCCACCACAGGCCACACGUCCUGUUCCAGCAUUUAGGAAAGAUGAGUCCAGCCAGGGGACGUGGUGCACAUCUGUAAUCCUAGAGGCUCGGAGGCUGAGGCAGGAGGAUGGAGUUCAAAGCCAGCCUCAGCCAUUUAGUGGGCCUCAAGCAACUCAGCAAGAUCCUGUCUCUAAAUAAAAAUGUGAAAAGGGGGCUGGGGUGUGGCUUAGUGGUCAAGUGCCUGUGGGUUCAAUCCCCCUUAACCAAAAAAAAAGAAAAAAAAAGAGAAAAAGAAGAAAAUAUGGGUCCAUUCCUUUGAGAAGGGGGAACCAACUGUCCCAAUUUGCCAGGGCAGAAGGGGUCCCUGGGCCAUGGGACAUUCAGUGCUAAAACUGGGAAAGUCCGGGUAAUCCAGAGUUGUUGGUGCUCUUGGUGCAGCUCUCAAGCUGGAUUGCUUUACCAAAGUACUGGUGAGCCCGGUGCAGUGGCCCACGUCUGCAAUCCCAGCCACUCAGGAGGCUGAGGCAGGAGGAUCACAAGUUCAAGGCCAGCCUCAGCAAUUUAGUGAGAUCCUAAAUAACUUAGGGAGACCCCAUGUAUCAAACUUAAAAAUAAAAGGGGCUGGGGAUGUGGCUCAGUAGUAAAAUGCCCCUGGGCUCAAUCCCCAGUGCCAAAAUGAAAAUAAAACUAAAAAUACUGAUGAAUAUAUCCACGUGUUAAUUUUAAGAUUAAAAAAUAUCAACCAGUA